GAAUCUGCGCAGACGUGAAAUGCCGCCCAAAAGUUAGUUGUAUUUCAGUUUCUUAUCGAGCGCAACUGAUAUUGCACGUUGAACUCCGUUUUAUUCAACACAGCUCUAUGAAGAGACACUGGCACUAGGACAAAGAAAAUCUGAAAGAAGACAGAUCCUUCAGGCUGCCCAAGGAUGAGAUCUAUGUUGCUCUUCUAUAUCUGCUAUCUCUUGAGCCUUUUUCUGGGGAUCCUGUGUGUGGUGUUCGUGUCCUACUGGAAUUCCCACUGGCGUGGGGGCUUUGCAUGGGAUGGCUCGGCCCUACAGUUCAACUGGCACCCUGUACUGAUGGUAACUGGGCUGGUCGUCCUGUAUGGUAACGCGGCUGUACUGUACCGUAUCCCACUAACUUGGAGUCAGAAUAAGCUACCCUGGAAGCUGCUACAUGCUGGCCUGCUGUUCCUGGCUCUUCUCCUGUCCAUCUUGGGUUUAUGUGCCGUCUUUGAUUUCCACAAUGCCAAAAACAUCCCCAACCUGUACUCACUGCACAGCUGGCUGGGAAUCUGCACAACAGCCCUCUUCGCUGCACAGUGGACGCUUGGCCUGGCUGCCUUCCUCCUCCCCUGCUCUCCACUUGAACUCCGCAAGCUGCUCAAGCCUAUCCAUGUGUGGAUGGGCAGCAUCAUCUUUACCCUGAGCAUCGCAGCCUGCAUCUCCGGAAUCAACGAGAAGCUCUUCUUUGCACUUAAAGGAAGCACCAAUGAGACGAAGCCAUACUCCAUGCUUCCACCAGAGGCUGUAUUUGCCAACUCAUUAGGAGUCCUGAUUAUAGCCUUUGGAUUGGUCAUACUGAAAAUCCUGUCCAAUCAGAGCUGGCAACGUCCAGAGCCAGGCCAAGAGGAGGAGAGUUCUGAACCAUUGCUUGGAGGGGACAGAUGAUGGGAUAACACACAGUCUACAUAAGGCUUUCUCUCAAGCGAAUUAUUUUUCCUUUUUUCACUUCAUCCACCUAAUAUCUGUUGAAGACUGAUAUGUGUCCUUUUUCUCCUCAAAGGGAACAUUUUAUAGACAUUGCUGGGACAAUGUUUUUUCAGGUCUCAUCUGAAAAAGAGCUGUUUUUUCUCUAUACUGAGAUAUAUCAUGGAACGAUGUGUUUGGUAACAUAAAUGAUGGACAGUGCUACAGCUGUAAACAAUUUUAUUAUAUCAAACUAAAAUCAACUGCAUUUUCUCAAAAACAUAACUAAAUAUGAAUGCAAGAACAUCAUUGAAUUGCUCUGAAGGAUAAGUGAAUUAACCUCAAUGGGAAACAAACCAAUACAUACUGCUGUUGAUGAUAUACAUGUAUACAAAAUAUUAUAAAGGAGAAUUGUUAUGGUAGCUCAUCAAAAUGUAAUACUUUUGCAUGUGUGCAUUAAAUUAUGUCUAAAU